GGGAGGAGUUGGGUGUUGCCUCUGUCUCCAAACUGAACUAGUCAGGAUUCCCAGUCGAGACUUAUACCCGCCGCGACACCUGGCCUGCUGCCGCCGUCCUGUGAACUCUGCACCGAAUACAUUUGACUAACCUUAAACGACCACAAUGGGAGUCGAAGGCUGCACCAAAUGCAUCAAGUACAUGCUUUUCUUCUUCAACUUCAUCUUCUGGCUUGCAGGAGGUGUUAUCCUGGGCGUGGCCCUGUGGUUGAGACACGACCCCAAGACCAGCAACCUGCUGGAGCUGGAAUUGGAUGGAGCCCAUGCCCCCAGCACCUUCUACAUCAGUGUCCACAUCCUGAUCGCUGUCGGCGCGGUGAUGAUGGUGGUCGGUUUCCUUGGUUGCUAUGGUGCCAUCCAAGAGUCCCAGUGUCUACUGGGAACUUUCUUUGCCUGCCUGGUCAUCCUGUUCGCCUGUGAAGUUGCAGCUGGAAUCUGGGGCUUCAUGCACAAAGACACAGUGUCGAAGGAGAUGAUCAACUUCUACGACUCUGUGUACGAAAAGGCCAUGGCACAAAGCCUCACUGAAAACGACAAGAAGACGGCUGCCGCCUCCGUGCUCAAGGUCUUCCAUGAGACGCUGGACUGCUGCGGUAAAGGCCAGGGCACGUCCUUUUUCACACAGUUCACAGACAAACUUGGCCUGACUGAUAUCUGCCCCAGCGCUGUAACUACAGUUGAUUGCCACAAGAGGAUCAAUGAUCUGUUCACAGAUAAGAUCUACCAGAUUGGUAUCGCCGCUCUGGUGGUUGCAGUUAUUAUGAUCUUCGAGAUGAUCUUCAGCAUGGUGUUGUGCUGCGGGAUCCGCAACAGCCCGGUGUACUAAAGCCACGCUCGCCAAAUGAAGGAAGGACGACGUCUCCGUCUCUUUCUUUUUUUUCUCCUUUUUCUUUUAUAAGCAGGAACACGUCACAUAUAUUGCUUGCUGGAUUUAGUCAGCUCUUUGAGAAGACAAACGUAAAAACCAUCCUCCAUUGAGCAUUUGUUUUUCUUUUUUUUCUUUUUUUUUUUAUAUUACAACUGUCAAUUUUUUCGUUUCGUUAGUCACAGAUGCUGUUAUGCAUAUUUGACCAGUGCUAUCCUAACCUGAUAUGUAGAUAUUAUAUCACACGGUCACACAUGAAUGCCAUUCACCAGUUGGUGCACUAAUCCUUUAGUGAUGCAUUAGUUGUUUUACUGCUCCCUUUGCCUAUGAACAUGUAUUGUUUUUUUUGUUUUUUUUCACUGUUUGAUGUAUAAACUGUAUAUAAAUAUAUAUAUUAACAGUGCUUUAUGACUGGCUAAGCAUGGAAAUUGUAUUACAGUAGGUCUUUCUCCUGUAUUCUUCCUGCACUCUCUGCUUGUUUGUCUUUGCUCUAGACUGAACCAGAUGAUGGCGUCCCCUGCCCCACAGACCAUUUUCUCGGGUUUUCACCCACACUGCUGUGGGACGUCUGUCGAACAAAAGGAAUCUCAGUUAAUCUCGGAAGCUGGAACCAAAGUCAAAGUGACCCGAUGUCCGUCACGUAGGACCCCACAGAGUUAUUUUGUUGGUUUGUCUUUGGCUGUUUGUCGUUCAUCGUGUCUCCAACGCUGUCUUGAGCGCUCAGUUGUAUAAAACCUAUGAGGAAGGUGUUUCCCCGCAGUAGUGUUCUUUAAGAUUUCCUUGGACAAAAAUGAAGUUGCAUAACGUUGAAUUAAGGACAGCCACGACGAUUAAUCGAUUAGUUGUCAACUGUCAAAUUAAUCCCCAACUCUUUUGAUAAUCGAUUCAUUGUUUUGAGUCAUUCUUUCAUGAAAAAAAAAAGUCAAAGUUCUCUGAUCGCAGCGUCUAAAAAGUGAAUAUGUUCUAGUUUUCUCCUCUCCUCUGUGACAGUAAA